AAUAAAUUUGCCGAACAACUUCUUUCACUUGUGGAUAGAAAUCAAGGGGAAGUAACUCCGUACGAAUUGGUUACGUGAUCAAAAGCAUAAGCAAGCCGUCGCAUAUUAGAGCGGAUGCAAGAUGUUCUCGAAUCUCUGCAGAAGAAGCCGUCAAGUAGGGAGAGUGAAGACACUUCAGGAUGUAUGCUGUGUGGCUUGUAGGGCAAUAUCAUCGAAUCAAACGGCCAAGUAUAGGAGAACUAAGGCUCUAUUGGACAAGAUCAUCCGUGUGGACCACGCUGGGGAACUUGGUGCUGAUCGUAUUUAUGAAGGGCAGAUCGCUGUGUUGGGGAGGACAGCUGUAGGGCCGUUAAUAAAGGAAAUGCAAGCUCAGGAAAAAGAGCACAGAGAGACAUUUGAGAAGUUGAUGGUUAAACACAGAGUCCGACCCACUGCCCUGUUACCUCUCUGGCACAUAGCAGGAUAUGUCUUAGGAGCAGGCUCGGCCUUGUUAGGUAAGGAGGGAGCAAUGGCCUGUACAGUGGCUGUGGAAGAUGUGAUUGGAGAACAUUAUAACAAUCAAAUUCGAGAACUUGUUGAGUUGGACCCAGAAGAACACAGGGAACUGCUUAAGACAUUGAAAAAGUUUCGAGAUGAUGAGCUGCAUCAUCAUGAUACUGGAUUAGAACAUGAUGCUGAGAAGGCCCCAUUUUACACAGCUCUGACACAGGUGAUAAAGGUGGGCUGUAGAGGUGCGGUCUGGAUUUCAGAGAAAGUGUGACAGAGAGAAACCUCAAGUGACAAUACAUGAACAACAUAAUACCUCUGAUUUUACACAGCCUCACACACUAACACCUGUAUUCAAAGAAAGAUGGUUGUGAAGUGCAGGUUGAGUGCUGUGUGUGUUUGCACUUCUUGAAAAUCAGAAACUCAUGAUUGGACACAGGUGAAUUUGUCAUGGAAAAAGCUGUGUGCAGAUGUGAAUUACGAAAAAGUGUGUGAUUUUUUUGGUUAUUAAAUAACUGUGGCUUUAUAUUGCCCUUGUUGUCACUGAAUGUGGCAGCAUGAAAGGACUUCAACAAGCUUGUGAGAGACAGACUACAGAUCAUACAGUAUGUUAAGGAGUCAGGGUUUCAGUUUGAGAGAUUUUCCAACAUUUGCAAGGUAAUUCUUUAAGAACGCAAAUGCUGUUCAAGACACAGGGGAUUUAAAUAAAUAACAAUACAGAAUUUGCUUAUUUGUAUGUCAUUUGUUAUGGAUAUUUUGUAUGGUAUAUUUUCACAUCAACUGAAUGAAAAACUCUUAAACAGGAAGGCUCUUAGCCCUGUAUUGUUGGUCAAUCUUUGGUUAAUUGCAUUAAAUCAGUUUUUGAAAAACUCAAGUGUAAGUGCGCUAGAUAGGGCUUCACAUCAUUACAGUCAUCAGUCUGGUUGUAGUUAUGAAUGAAUGAAUGAAUGAAUGAACUCCUGUUGUAACUGUCUUAGACAAAGCAGUAUGCCUUCACUGUACUGUGUGGAAUAGCCUGCAAACCUUUAAACUUCUGAGGGUAUGAUAAAAGAAGCAAGGAUUGUGUUCUGUAAACAGAUGUACAAUGAGCUUUAUUCAAGAAAAAAAGAGAAUGAGUUCGCUGUGUAGUAUUUCUGUGCAUUCAGGAAUGGCUGCCUUGUAGACGACUGUUCAAAAGGAAAUUUCUAGACUAGGCUACACCUAUCUAGUUCAUUGUUUUGAAAAUCUGUAAAUUAAAAUAAAUAUAUAAAAAGGUACAUGUCCUAUA